AUGGUCCGAACUGUCCCAUCCCAUCUCAUCCCUGAGACAAGGAUUUUCCCCACAGGCGGUGACCCCUUUUCUGCCCAGCAAGGCAAGACCGAGACCCCACCAAUGCCCGGAGGCACGGAAGUGGACGCGCUCGAACAACUGGAACACCCCGCCAAACAACGCCUUGUGGAGUUGUCCGUGCGAGUUCUUCCCCAAGGACUCAUGAUUCCCACACGGCCAGUUCCUUGUGCCUCGAGAGUGCUCAAGUCGCGCAGGAGGCAGGGAAUGGAUUUGUUGAUCGCAAAGGAACCCAGUUUCCAGGCUCUCAACCUCCCUCCCACCUUAGCCAGCGACCGGCUGCUGAUUACUGCAGCUGACACCCAGGACGCUCAGCGGGGGCCGCACAUAUUUGGCCCAUUGCCGUGCGGCCCCACGCCUAGGCAUUUCCCGGCAAGGACGGCUUGGUACGGCUUCGGCUCAGCCAAGGACCUCGUCGGAAUCGGCGCCGGUGGCAAGGCGAAGCGUCGCCUUGCACUUCAGCUCGUUCGCUGCCCCCCUUUCCCGCUGGGGCUCUCAGCGCACGUUGACAUUGCCGUCGUCUUUCACACGCUUGCUCUUUCCCUUGCCACGAAGUCCAAACCCAACGUCAUGGCCGCCAUCCCCAUUCAGGCGCCCUCGCGGGGGUACGGGGGAAGAGACAUGAGCCCCAGUCCCGGCCCUCUCCCGUCCAUAUCAACUGGUCGCAGCGAAACCCUCUCCAGACCCUUUGGACCCUCAGGUCGAGCUGUCCCGUUCGCAGACAACCUCUCGCCCUCGGCCGCUUCAAAUCCCAUGGCGAUACGCGGUACGGAUUACAUCAACGCGCCUCCGCCUCUUCCCCCGCCACGGUUGGUCCCCAUCAGCGGGCCCGUCGACCCAACGCUGCAAUUCAAAGAGAGCAUGCGCAGGGACGACUACGGCAGCCCUGGUGCCGAUUCGUUUGGGCAUAGCUUCAAACGAAGGGAUGUGUCCUUUAGGAGUGACAUUUCCGACGACGGAUAUCACAGUUUUGAAAGCUUCAGGUCUUCGGGUUUCCCCUCGCCUUUUGGUCACCACACUAUGAAGAGCUUCCGCCCAAACGGCGACUCCAUAGACCACUCGAUGCUCGACAAGCUUAACCGUCCCGGCCGGCGCCCAGGUCUCAGCGCGUCAGUCAACGACCUGCCGGGGGCUCGCCCCCACCACGCGCAGCUGACGACUCUCUCUCUGCCCCACCGAACCAGACAGCCAUACCUAGACUCGACCUUCACCAAGUCUCCCGGAGCCAUGUCCGCCACAUCUCCGAUCGCCGCACCCUUUGGACAUCACGGGCGGGGUUCUAUGGAUCACCGUUCACCCUUGGGAACCGACGGUAGUGACUACGAUCGGUCGCCACUCCCGCGGCCUCGCAGGAUGCACGGGGUCCUUGCGGCAGAUGAGGGGGGCCACACCGGUUACGGGGGUUACGACGGCCGGGAAGAUGACGUUGAUUUUCCCAUGGAGGAAACAACACGCAUGCGGAGCCUUGCGAUUGAAGACCAGUGGCGGGAAAGAGACUGGGAUAGGGAUCGGGACAGAGAGCGGGAACGAGAGAGGGAACGCGACUGUUAUCAACCGGGCCAGAAACGCCGGGCUUCAUCGCCGCCCAGCGAUGACGCCGCGGUAGCAAAUGAGUUGCUGAGGAGAAGAGACGGUGGCUUAAUGACUCGGGGCUCACCUACGCCGCGGCUCCUGGCGAUACCUCAAAACUCAUUGUCGAGCGUGUCCUCGGUCAGCCGAAGCGGAAGCUUCGCAAGUAACCUCACCGCCAGCAGCAUCACAAGCAUGGGCUCCUUUGGGCGGCGCUCACCCAACGCCCUUUCCCCGGCUGGCUUGUCCCCAACCGACCCCAAGGCCUGCAGCAGCCCGUAUCCGCCGCCAACAAGCAUAUCCGCUUCUCCGCGCCCUUCAAUCGGACGGACCGUCGGUGCGCUCUCACCACAUAAUCGAUCGCCUAGCGAACAGCCCUCACCAGCACAGGUCACGCGCACCGUCGCCUCCCCAAGGAAGAUUGCUGAUGUCCCCAAAAACCACAGCAGCCUGGCCGCCAAGCUCAAGGGUCCGUAUAUGUGCGAGUGCUGCCCGAAGAAACCCAAAAAGUUCGAGACCGAAGAAGAGUUGAGAGCGCACGAGGCUGAGAAACAGUACGGAUGCGCAUUCUGCGGCAACCGCUUCAAAAACAAGAACGAAGCCGAGAGACAUCAAAACUCGCUCCAUGUCCGGCGACACAGCUGGUCAUGUUCGGCCUUGACCGCGUACGCGCGGGCGUUUCACGACAGCACAACGAGGCCCGGCGAGGCGGAUGUCUGUGGAUACUGCGGCGAGGAGUUCCUCAGGAGCGGAAAAGACGAACAGGACUGGGAGGACCGCGCCCGCCAUCUCCAGGACGUGCACAAAUUCCGCGAGUGCAACUCCAGCAAGAAGUUCUACCGAGCAGAUCAUUUCCGCCAGCACCUCAAGCACAGCCAUGCGGGCACCAGUGGCAAGUGGACCAACAUGCUCGAAAACGCUUGCAUGCUGGAAGAGGACCCGCCCGUUCCCACGAGAUGA